AGUUGCAAGAAGAGAGUCAAUGUGAACAGAUCACAGUAACGAGAGCGAGAGUGGAGAGAUCGUGAGGCCUCCCUCGUCCAGUUCAGUAGGAAAAGAUUGGAAAAGAGUCAGUGAGUGUCUAGGAGAUCUAGUGAAAACCGUGAAUUUGGAAAUAUUUUAGAAAGUUUGCUUGUUGUUGGUCUGGUAAACGAUUUUUUAAAUGCAUCUCGAGGAGUCACGUCUAAGAAAAAGUCUUAACUCCAUAAGUGUAGUUUUUAACAUCUCAACAUUAGAGGCGAAAAACAGUAAUUCUAGAAGUUCUGAUUGUGUUAAAAUUGAAUGUGAUUGACGAAGAGGAGAUAAAAUAGUAAUAUCUACGUAAUUUGAUGUUCAAAUUAAAACAAAAUUGGAAAAUCCAGUCAGAGCGAGUGUGAUAGCCCGAAGCGCAAAAGGAAAACGCCAUUCUGAUCUUGUCGUUUCAGUGCAUGUUUCUUUGCUCGCAUUUUUUGAAAGAGCGCGACAACGGCCCCCUCACAAAUACACACGCACUUGCUACGAGUUUUGAAAGUGUUUCCUACAGAUUUUGCAUCACGUAAAUUUGUGCUGUGGAAACAGUGGACAAACCUGCGGAGAAGAACGCUUAGUGUAACCUAUACUGUUGACGCACACAAGUCACGAUCCCGCGCGGAUUUGCACACAUGUACAUAUAUAGAUGUGAGCAGUGUGUUGGCGAGAACAAAGAAACAGACCUUUAGCGUCAAUAUAACAGGGAAGACGAUUGUGUUCUUGGAUAGCUGCAGUGCUCAAGGGAGGUAUUUACCGAUUCCAUACAAUUUCUGUGAUAGGGUUUCCUGCACCAGUGCAAAGGAAGCCUCUGUGGAAAGUAUUUGUGAAAAGUUGAAUAUCCAUCCCUGAAGUUGAAAGUGAAAGGUACCAGAAGAGACACUGUGACGAGAGAUCUACUGGUGUUUGCUUGGAGCGAAAGAAAAAUAAAUACGUGAAACACUUCAAGGCGAACAACGAAGUUGAAGUGUUAAUCAGUGAAGCCAAGUGGAACGAAAACCACGUAUAAAUUCGUGUAUCUGCACUCGGUUAUGUUGUGUAUCCUGCAUUUUCUUUUAGUAUCGAGAUAUUUUUAUAAUAAAACAAUAUCAAAACGAGAAAAAUUGCACUAAAAGGAAACAGUUAUCAUCAACUGAAGCAGUAUAAUUGAAGAAUACAAAGUAAAUAUAGUUUAUAUUUAACAAAUUAAUGAUAAAGUGUGAUAAUAGUUUUAAACAAGGAUUCGUACCCGUAAACAUUUGACUGAUACGUCAGAGUGAGUGUUCAGAGCUGAGGAAAAACGGGAGAAAAGUGAAAGUCCAAGAUGACGAACUCGCACAACCGGAAUGGCAGAAACGGCAGUUAUGCUGAACGGUACUUCAACAAUCACAGUCCACAGCAGCUGAGUGGUGGUGGUGGUGGUAGCGGUGGUAAGCGAAACAAUUCUGCUAACAGUACCGGAGGCAAUGGAGGUCGGGGACAAAAGUCACCGAGCUCGACCUACUUCAGGAGUAUUUCAACAUCGAAUGCUAUACCGAUAGUGCAACAGUCCACGUCGCCAGUUAGCAGUAAAGGUGGAAGCUACUACAGCUCCAGCUCGCCAAGUGGACGGCAUCAUAGCUUUAAUGGUCAACGAUCAAGUCCAGGUGGUGGUGGUGGUGGUGGUGUUGGUGGCACAAAUUUCAACAAUUCGACCGGAUCGUAUCCCGGUACGCUUUCUGGUUCGCCACCAAAUUUUUCCCAUUUUGCUGGUAGCAAGUGCUACGACGCACCAGCACCCACCGCUUUACCAAAACCACCAGUUCACUGGACGUCUUCGUCGUCUACUUCAUCCAAUAUCACGAUAUCAUCAGCUUUAAACACUUCGAAAUCAUCCAUCAACAAGCCAACCUCAGCAUCCGUCGUCAAUGCUAGAAAUGCCUACAACAGUAAGGCUCCGUCGGCAGUUUCCUCAAAUGCAAUGUCAUCGUCUAGGCUCAAGGUAAAAUCUGCUGUGAAACCAGCAAUGUCCUGUGCUGCGGCUGCGGCCAAAGCCAAUCGUAGGGUUGAUUUCACGCACAACCUCAAAAUGGUACUCAAUGUGCAAGCUUAAACGGAACGUGCAUUCAAUCUGCCGAACCAUUGCGUUUUGUGCUGCCAAGAUCACAUCAUCCGAUCCCAUCAAAUAUGCGUCGUCGUACCAAAAUUCACCACAUAAAAAGCUACAAUGACUAUUGCGUUGUAUAUGAAGGAUAGAUCUUUCUCAAUCAAUCAAUCAGUCUCCAUCAGAGUCAGCAUAUAUUUUUGCUCUUUCAAAUCAUACCACCUAUUAGAAGAAAAUCAAACUUGUAUACCAAUCGCAAAAAAAAAACAAACUUCAUACAGACCAACGAUCGCAAGCAGUCACGAACCUGAAUGGGACGACUACAGUGAGUGAAAACUUAUGAACUAAACUCUGAUUAUCAAAUCUAGUUUAUGUAUAACCUUUUUUAAAUGUUUUAUUUUUAAUUUGAAGCGUGACAUUUUCUGGUCAAUUCAUCGGCCAUUGCAAAUUAGUAUCCUAAAUUUAUUAUUUUUUGUAAGCCUCAUUUUCCGGCAUUGCUACGAUUGCACUGAAGGGAUCCGUAGUGGACAAACAUAUUCAUUCCAUUCCAAGCAAAAAUAAGUAUUUUUCAAGACUUUCAUACAAUCAAGCACUCGAUUCGUCAAUCAAAAAAAAAAUCCAAAUUUGAGUUUCAUUUCAUCACACUUUCUCGUAUUGUAGUAAGAAGAUCAGGAUAGUGAGCAGCGGUCCUAGCCCUGAGUCGACCGUCGCAAUGCCACAAAAUGUUGCAGGAAAAUUGUUACUUUUGCAUUAUUCAUAUAGUCAUUUUCAUUGUUUUCAAUUUAAUAUAUAUGUGUACGAAGCCUCACUGAGUAUAAGGAAAAUGGAUUGAGGUUCGUUUCUUAAAGAGGCGAUGACUAAUUAAAAUACAAACAGUUAGAAUGUACGAUAUCUCAAAGACCAAAAACGCGCUGUCGAAGCUAUCGAAGAUUUAUUUUUCAAAACAAAACUCCAGCUCAUGUGCAAUUUGAGAGGAACACGAUACGUAGCCUAUUGGUUUGCUGAAAACAUUCAAUUUGGAUUAUAUUUUAAAACUUGGUGUGAUGAUGUUAGAAAUUCACUAUUCGGUUCCAGAAACCGAAUGUUGAAUUUGUCAAAUCAUCGCAUAUUUCACACUUCAUUCCGCAUUUGGCAUGGAAUCGUGCACAACACAUUGACAUAGAACACACACAAAAUGCGAAAAACUUACAACCACUCUCUCUAAUUGCACAUUGUGAUUGAGUUUUCAUCGAUAGGGCAACCAUGCGUGAAUUCGUAAACUGCGCAGUUUACUUUGAAGCAACGGAGAAAAGGAUACACGGAGAAAAAUAACAAAUACAGUACAAAAUCGAACUAUUAAAUGUAUGUUUUACAAUAAUAACCAGCAAAGCAAAUCAAACAUUGACGGAUGAAACAAACAAGAAAACAAAAAAUACGUGUUAGAGAAACAACACACCAAUAUGAGACAGUUAGGCAAAGAGGGUAAUCGACAAGAGUUGCAAGAAACGAUGAUUAGCGAAAUCGAGAAUUGGAGAGAAUGAACAAGUGUGUGUGACAAUAUAUAAACAAAACGAGAAUCGAAAGACUUAUCACUACUGAUAACAAACAACUUCAAAACAUUGGAAGCUUACGAUGAGGGUUAGUCGAAAGUUCGUCGACGAUGUUGACAUACACGUGGACAAGCUUUCACGUUUACUCGGCCGAAGCUGGACUCCGAUUUGCAGGAGAGAUAGUUUGCCGGCAACACACAUCAAUGCGACAUCGGGCCAUCUCUCAGGGGGCGGAGUUUAAAAACUUUGCCAACAAAAGAUGAUUUUCUUCGGUUGAAUCCUUAUUUUCACACUGUUUACGUGCAUUUAACAAUUCCUACCUUAGUUGACCAUUUUGGAGGAGUUAAUCUCUUGUAAAUAGCACAGUUUAAAAACCCGUAAUAUGGUAGAAGAGAGUGUGCCUUCUAGUAACUUUUACAAACGGAGAGUAGACGAAAAACCCUACAUCAAGCGCAGAUAAUUAAGAUUUGUGAAUGACAAGACAACUCCGCCCUUGAAUUUUUAAAAACAGGACAUCACUACUUAGCUGGAGGUCAUCAGCUAUCAAUGAUAAGGAACACCAGUCGACUGGUGGCCACCAAAUUGGUGAUGGAAGGAAUUUUAUUUUCUUAUUUUACUUUUACUGACAGCAAUUUUUGGUGCAUACAAAUUCAUUCUUGAUCGCAACAUUUCGAAAUUGUCAGGAAUUGAUUCCAAAUUGCAGCAAAUCUAAAACAGAAUAGUCUUUAGCCCCAGUGCAAUAACGCCGAUUCGGAAUGAAAUUGUAUAAACUUGAUACUCUCACUGUUAUCAAAAACAAAGCACAUUGUUCAGUUGAUUGAUCUUUCGUUUCCAAUCCGAUCAAAAUAAGUACACACGUAUUUCUAUCACAGCGAGAGCUAUUUUUGUGACAACAUAACAAAAAGUUAAUAUUUGCAAUCUAGAUUUUACGUUUAUCUAUAAAUUAGUAUUUUCAAUCAGAUUUUUACUACACAGCUGCAAAAAUUCGUUUGAUCUCAUAUCUCUCCUAAUUAUUAUUUUUUUUUUCUUAUAUUAAAUUUCACCUAUGAUGCGUGUAGUAUUGAAAUCGUGAACAGCAUGACAAUAUGCAACCGUAUGUGUAGCCGGGCCUGCACUGCGAAUGCAAGUGUAAAAGCCAUUGACCGAUAUAUACAGCUGCCUAUUGUUGAACGCUGCUGACAAACAAUCAAUAAACACGUGCACUCGAGUGAAGCCGUAGAGAAUUUAUUUGGAGUACUUUUAUUUUUGCUUAAUUAGCUUAAAGUUUGGGUCACAAAAGCGUCAAAAUUAAUCUACCAUAGCAAAAUAAUUGAGCAAAAGAAGUAAAUAUUGUAUAGCAACUAAGCAGCGUAAAGAAAUUCAAACAUAAUCACAGAUAUUACCAGACUUUGAACACGUAAACUACAGGAUAGUAAUUCUCACACACUUGCAGCAAUGCUAUUUCCCCCCUAUUCAUGCGACAAAUGCAGAGAAGCCGACAUACCAAAUUUAGGUACAUUUUCGAUCCAGUAAAUGGUUUGAAAAAGAGGAAAACUUAUCGUUUUAUUUCCGGCAAACAUCUAAUGUUGAGUGUUUAUUCGUUAAAACAAAAAGAACAAUAAGUAAAUUAUGCGGUACGAAGUAUCGCAACCUUCAGUUUACAGGUAUAAACCAUUACUAAAUGGGCUUAUUUAUUCAGGCAAGUUUGGUGCAAAAAAUACGCUUUUAGUUACUUUCUAUAUUUUCUCCCAAAUAUUCCUGAUUUAGGCAAAAUGAAAACAAAAGACAACUCUGGUUUAUUGGUACUAUAACUUACUUUGCAUUAUGAUUUUCUACCCUUCAAAACAACUGACAACAGUUGGAAAGUAGGACGAUGCUCAUUGCUUGUCCUCCUUCGAAAAUCUUCCAUGAACCUUUUGUCGACCUUCCGGAUAAGAAAACUAAAACAGAAGGUUGUAUUCUACCUGGUCAAUGAGAACAUCCAUCUUAAAUUUUACCUCAAUUCUGAGUACUCGACAGUUGCGAGGAUAUCGCAAAUUCAAAGCUAGGCCUAGCUGCACUCGGCACCAGUGAUAAAACUUUGUUCUCAUUCCUGUUUUAAAGUACUUCCAAAACCUGGCUCACACAUUACAUUUUAAUUUGUAUUCCUAUAAUUAACAUAAAAAGCUAUAAAAAAUAAAAAAAAUAACAAAAAACACUUCAACUUGCCUGAAUAAAUUAGUUUAUUGCUCAAUAUUUCAAAUUCUACGUAAAAUAUUUUAGAAUCACACAAAAAAAAAAAUAUUGAUCACACAAUGAACUCUCGGAUAUGACCCAGCAACAUGCAGAAAUUCAGAAACACUCACACAUUGUUCUGGAAGUAUGCUAUUUCCACACACGGAACACAAGAAGCAAAGAAGAAACGAAAAUGGAAAAACAUUAAUCUGCGAUAUAUGAAAACAUACAGCCGAUACUGCUAAAAUAUUUUUUCUCAUUAUUUUGAAAUGAAUUACACACUAAAAGUAAGCUGUACGAUAACAUGAAAAACAA